CAAUUUCAGACUAAUUCAAAAUGUGCGACGAGGAAGUUGCUGCGUUGGUAGUAGACAAUGGCUCCGGUAUGUGCAAGGCCGGAUUCGCGGGCGAUGACGCGCCUCGCGCCGUGUUCCCCUCGAUCGUGGGCAGGCCACGCCACCAGGGUGUCAUGGUCGGCAUGGGACAGAAGGACUCGUACGUAGGUGACGAGGCCCAGAGCAAGAGAGGUAUCCUCACCCUCAAGUACCCCAUCGAGCACGGCAUCGUCACCAACUGGGACGAUAUGGAGAAGAUCUGGCACCACACCUUCUACAACGAGCUGCGUGUGGCGCCCGAGGAACACCCCGUGCUGCUCACGGAGGCGCCCCUCAACCCCAAGGCCAACAGAGAGAAGAUGACACAGAUCAUGUUCGAGACCUUCAACACGCCCGCCAUGUACGUCGCCAUCCAGGCCGUGCUGUCGCUGUACGCGUCCGGUCGUACCACCGGUAUCGUGCUGGACUCCGGUGACGGUGUCUCCCACACGGUGCCCAUCUACGAGGGCUACGCCCUGCCCCACGCCAUCCUGCGUCUGGACUUGGCCGGUCGCGACCUCACAGACUACCUGAUGAAGAUCCUCACCGAGCGUGGCUACUCCUUCACCACCACCGCCGAGCGAGAAAUCGUGCGUGACAUCAAGGAGAAGCUCUGCUACGUCGCGCUCGACUUCGAGCAGGAGAUGGCCACCGCUGCCUCCAGCAGCUCCCUGGAGAAGUCCUAUGAACUUCCCGACGGACAAGUCAUCACCAUCGGUAACGAACGAUUCCGUUGCCCUGAGGCUCUCUUCCAGCCCUCAUUCUUGGGUAUGGAAGCUUGCGGCAUCCAUGAGACCACUUACAACUCCAUCAUGAAGUGCGACGUCGACAUCCGUAAGGACUUGUACGCCAACACAGUCCUGUCCGGAGGUACCACCAUGUACCCUGGUAUUGCUGACCGUAUGCAGAAGGAAAUCACUGCUCUGGCUCCAUCCACAAUGAAGAUCAAGAUCAUCGCGCCCCCAGAGAGGAAGUACUCCGUAUGGAUCGGUGGAUCGAUCCUCGCCUCCCUCUCGACCUUCCAGCAGAUGUGGAUCUCGAAACAGGAGUACGACGAGUCUGGCCCCUCUAUUGUGCACAGGAAGUGCUUCUAAGCGAUCCGCGACACGCUGCCUACAGCAGCCCGCGGCCCGGCCGGUCCCGCG